CACUCAACAUGGAAGUUCCGCUCGCCGCUGAUCCAACCCGUGUCUUCGACUUCUUGGGACUGCCACGCGAGUUGCGCGAUCGUAUCUAUCGUCUACACCUAUCGAAGGAGGGGGAAGUUGACUAUCUGGAACACGACGACAACAUGCCUGAGGUCACCCAUAACGAACCUGUGAUCAAGCCACUCCUGGGCGUCAAUCUUCUCCGCGUUUGUAAGCAAAUUCACGAUGAGGCAGUCUUGUACGCCUCCAAAAACCGCAAAUGGGUCAUGNGCUACGCUCCCAUAACCCCUGACAAGCUCACCGUCGAUUGCGCUCAGCGUGUGGCCUGUAUCUCCCACACCACCGCUGAGAAGAUCCAACCUCUCGCAAUGAACAUCGAAGUCGAAUUAAGGGAGCCAUACAACCUUGUUCGGUCAAUCGCGAUAGGUGACCUAACCGAGGUGAAGUCGCUUCGCACGCUUGGGUUGUUCCUAAUUCUCGGCGACCCUGGCUUCCGCGCUGCAACAUGGCUUCUUCAACGUGAUGCCGCGUGGUGCAAUGCACCUCUUUUAGUUGGCAUUGUCUGCGGAAUCCUGGCUCAAGUUCCUGUUCACGUCGAGAGUGUGUGGUUGUCAACCGUGUCGCACAUCAGUGGUUACAGUCACGAUGAGCCUGAUGAAGAUCUACUCCAGAUAGCAAAGACCUACAGUGGUGCCAAGAGUCGCCAACGUGCAAUCGACCCAAGCACUGCGAUAUUUGUUGUGACGGAUUGCCAUGGCGAUGGCGCAUGGAAAGUAGAAAUCUUCGUGGAAAUGGCUUUCCAAACCCGCCAUAAUCAUCACCACAUUCUCCAUCAAAAUGCUCGUCCCUUGGACCGUUCCAUUCUUGCUGCUUGCGGCCUACGUGCUUCUCGCCUCAGCCGCCAUCUCCGACAAAAUGGCCUGCUGUGCGUGCGCCAGCAUCCAGCUCACUUGCGUUUCAACGUGCACAAAAUUCACCAGCAACAGAUGUCGUUGCAACCAGCCCUUGACUCGGUGUCACCGGACAUGUCGCACACUGUCACGUUCACACCUCCUUCCUUCAAGGUCACUGACAUCAUAACUUUGGCCCAAGACUCGACACGCGCAAAUUUCACACAACUCGCAUACGACUCUAACGACUUCUGGAACAGAGCACCUCGUCCAGUUUCUAGCCAGGGAAAGAGCUUGAACGAUGGCUUGAUCUCACGUUUCCAAAACCUGGAUCUUGCCGUGGACACAGGUGACUCGGAAGAGACUUCUAUCGAACAGCAGCAUAACGACGCCACCAAUGUUCCUGACGAAGAAGAAUGUCCUAGAGGAGUUGACACACUCGAUUGCCAGGAUUGCGGUGGGCCAGAACAGACUUGGGAGACCAGUCCAAACAGAUUUCAUUGCAAAGGUAUCGAGCAAGAGAAUGACAGGUGGAAGGAUUGCCAUUGUCUGAACUGGGAAAAUGCUCGCGGUCCCUGCACCUUUGAUUAUGAUUUGGACGACAUCUCUGACGAUGGCUUGGCCGUGGAAGAAGAACUCCAGGAUCCUACUAACGAGACCGAGAACCUGGACGAGACUCCCAUCGAACAGCAGUUUAAUGACGCUACCAAUGCAUCAGAUGAUGAAGACUGUCCAACCGGCCAUGAUACGCUCGACUGUGAGGAUUGUGGUGGACCGGAACAGAAC